AUGAACAUGUUGUUGACUAUUGUAGCUAAGUUUUUACUGCUAUUUGCUUUUUGUGAUGCCAUGACUAUGAAACAAAUAAGAAAUACAGGGAAAAUGAUGAGGAAACAAUGCCAACCUAAAAAUAACGUCGAAGAUGAAAAAAUCGAUCCAAUAAACGACGGUGUAUUCAUAGACGAAAAAGAAGUCAAGUGUUAUAUGGCGUGCGUUAUGAAAAUGGCUAAUGCUGUAAAAAACGGCAAAUUAGACUACCCGUCGGCAUUGAAGCAAGUAGAUCUUCUGCUGCCAGAUGAGAUCAAACAACCGGCCAAAGAUGCAAUUAUAGCAUGCAAAAAAGUCUCCGACCCCUACAAAGACAUCUGCGACGCAGUGUUCCAUGUCACCAAGUGCAUAUACAAUCACAAUCCGGGUAUAUUUUACUUUCCAUAG